AAGGGGAAAACAGGGCCGCAGGGAACAUGAAUUACACAGAAGUUCGAAAAUCCAGAUUUGUUCUUCAUUUCUUUGCCUAGUAUAGGCGCUUUGAUCUCCGGUGAAAUUGAGAAGAGAAGUUGAAUCUUUGAGCUUCUUUAGCUAUUCCGUUUGCUGUGAAAGUCGGUAAGAUUUCGUCAUUUUGCUCGAGUUUGAUUUUCUGGCUUCUGUUCUAGGGUCUCCAAUAGGAUCGGCACUCCUGGGUGCGCGCUUAUCGGACUUUGGUUCACGGUGGCAGGAAGUGAAGGGGGUGGAUUUAGUAUAUGGUGGUGUUUCCGAGUGGCUAGGGUUUUUGAUGGUAUCUGCGGGUUACGUGGACGUGAAUAAUCGGGUGUAUGUGGGAAUUGAGGGUGUAUGAGUGUCUGUGGAGCUGGAGGUGAGUCUGUCGCUCGGGAAAUGUUGAUGGAGAGGUGCGUUUUCAUCUAGGGGCAGUAGGAGCAACUGGCUGUCACCGUGCGACAUGAAUGUUGGAAGCAGAUUGGAGCAGAACUCUGUGGAGGAGUUUACGGGAGAAAUGGAAGGCGUGGAGCUAGAUGGAUCAGAUUUCCAUGUUACGGAGAGAAUAAACAGCGAUGACAUUGACUGGGAUGCUCAGCACAAGCGGGCUAAGCUUCUUUUUGACCAAGAUGCACACAUUAUUGCAACACAUUCCUUAGAUAGUGAAACCGCUGCUCUGCCUGCUAUUGAGAACUAUAUUGAUUCUCAUACUUUGGAUACAUCUGAAAGUCAGAUGAUCGAUUUCUACUCUAUCAUAAAUGCUGAUGCAGUUAGAAGCUCUAUGCAUACUAAUGAUUCUCAGAAUAAUGGAGGUGAAAGUGAUGCUGGAAAUGCUGAUAAUUCAGAAAAUAGAAUGGAUCUCACUGAGGAUCUUUUGCACCUGGUUUUCUCUUUUCUAAGCCAGAGGGAUUUAUGUAAAGCAGGCGCAACUUGCAAGCAGUGGCAGUUUGCAAGCAUGCAUGAGGAUUUUUGGAGUUGUUUAAAUUUGGAAGAUGCAGAUGUCUCUCAGGAAAAUUUUGAAGCUCUUUGUCACCGCUAUCCAAAUGCAAUUGAUGUUAAUUUAUUUGGAGUGCUUAAUGCUGACAUUCUUGUUUUGGAAGCAAUGGCAUCCCUCAGAUUUCUUGAAACUUUGAAUCUGGGGAAAGGACAACUUGGUGAUGGCUUCUUCCAAGCUUUGACUGAUUGUCCUUCAUUGAACAGUUUAAGCAUUUAUGAUUCCUCUUUUGGUAACGGUAUUCAAGAGAUAUCUGUACACCAUGAUCGAUUGCGUGAACUUAACAUUGUCAAGUGUCGUGUACUUCGUGUUGCAAUUAGAUGCCCUCAGCUGCAAACUUUGGCACUAAGGCGCACCAACAUGGCCCAUGCAUUACUUAGUUGCCCUCAGUUACACGGAUUGGAUUUGUCUUCCUGUCACAAACUAUCUGAUGUUGGAAUUCGUUCAGCUGCUACAUCAUGUCCUUUGUUGGCAUCUUUGGAUUUAGCUUUUUGUUCAUCAAUUAGUGAUGAGACAUUGCGUGAAGUUGCUCUUGCUUGCCCUAAUAUUUGUGUCCUCGAUGCUUCAUACUGCCCAAACAUCUCACUUGAGUCUGUAAGACUGCCCAUGUUGAUAAAUCUGAAACUUCAUAAUUGCGAGGGCAUAACUUCUGCGUCAUUAUCUGCAAUAUCUCAUAGUCGAAUGCUAAAGGCAUUACAGCUUGAUAACUGCAGCUUGUUAACUUCAGUUUUAUUAGAUCUACCACAGCUGCAGAGCAUCAGUCUUGUCCAUUGCCGCAAGUUUCUCGACUUAAAUUUGCGGAGUCCAGUACUUUCAGAUGUGAAGGUCUCUAACUGUUCGCUCCUUCAUCGCAUUAGCAUUAUGUCGGAUGCGCUUAAGAAAUUAGUGCUUCAAAAGCAGGAAAGUCUAGCCAAUUUACAUCUACAAUGUAACAAUCUGCAAGAAGUUGAUCUUAGCGAUUGUGAGUCUUUGUCGAAUUCUGUGUGUGAAAUUUUUAGCGAUGGUGGAGGUUGCCCUAUGCUUAAGUUAUUGGUACUUGACAAUUGUGAGAGCCUAACCAAGGUGAGACUUAAUAGUUACUCCCUGGUUAGUAUUUCUUUUGUUGGUUGCCGAGCUAUGCAUGUGCUUGACCUUUCAUGUCCAAAUCUUUUGAAGAUUAACCUUGAUGGUUGUGAUCAUCUUGAAGAAGCAUCCUUCUGCCCAGUUGGUUUAGAAUAUUUAAAUUUGGGAAUUUGUCCAAAAUUAAUCGCUCUACAAAUUGAGGCACCAAAAAUGUCACUAUUGGAAUUGAAGGGUUGUGGCAUGCUAUCUCUGGCGUCCGUUAGUUGUCCAAAUCUUACAUGCUUGGAUGCUUCUUUCUGCAGGCAAUUUACGGAUGACUCGUUAUCCAGUACAGCAGCUUCAUGCUCUAGGAUUGAAUCUCUUAUACUGUCAUCAUGCUUGUCUAUAGCAUUUGAUGGGCUUUCUUCAUUGCACUGGCUUCAAUGUCUUACCCACCUUGAUUUGUCAUACACAUUUUUGAUGAAUUUGCAGCCUGUUUUUGAUAGUUGUUGUCAGCUAGUGGUUUUGAAACUUUCCGCAUGCAAAUACCUAAGGAACUCGUCUUUGGAAGCUCUCUACAAUGAAGGUGCUCUUCCCGUCCUUCGUGAGUUGGAUUUGUCUUAUUCUUCCAUUGGCCAGGCUGCUAUUGUUGAUCUUCUCGCAUACUGUAGAAAUUUAGUCAAUGUAAAUCUGAACGGAUGCGUAUUUAUGCAUGAGCUCUCAUGGGGUUCGAGUGGAUUUCAAUCCGACGUCAUGAUGAUUGGUCCCUCGUUAUCAAAUUCACUUCCUUUGGGACAUGGUGACACGUCUCACAGUAAUUCGGACCAUCGUUUGGAGUUUCUCAACUGUACUGGAUGUCCCUAUCUUAAGAAAGUCGUAAUACCACCAGCAGCUUGUUGCUUCAGGUUAACGAAGUUAAAUCUGAACCUAUCAACCAAUCUGAAAGAAGUUGAUCUAGCAUGUCCAAACCUCAUUAGUCUGAACUUGAGCAACUGUAGCUCACUCGAGAUUUUGAAGCUGGAUUGCCCGCGUUUAACCAUUCUCCAACUUUGGGCCUGUAGCAUGCUUUCAGAAGCAGCAGUGGAAGCUGCUAUAUCAGGAUGCUGCCGCUUGGAGAUACUCAAUGUUCACACCUUCACCAAGAGAUUGCUCCAUCGAAUAACUGGAAUUUAAUAGCUCGCAAAGUUCUUCCCGUGAAAAAAGACGACGUUCGAUCCAAUUCAAUUUUAAAUUGACGUUUCUGUCCGAAGCUCCGUUUUAUUUUUUAUUUUUUAGCUCUUUAUUUUGGAUGUAUAUUUCCAGUCUCUAGCAAAUCCAGAGCACCAUAUCAGUAUAGUCUGCACCUCUUUCCUUCUUCUAGCUUUUAAGUUGUCCGAUUAUAAUUAGUAUAUAAUAUUAUAUUUUGGUUGUCCGAUUAUAAUUAGUAUAUAGGCCAGAUUCUGAUGUUUUGUGUAGUGAUGUGUAUAGGACUUAACUUUGUACUUAUUUCUGUUGUUUAAGUUAUAUUUUGAUUUGUUGCCACU